UCGCCAAGCAGCUCGGGUUUCAGGUUACUUCCGGGUAGUUGCUAGGCUACUACAACAAUUAGCUGCGGGUAAAUAAGUUCUCGAAAGAAUCAACAAGUAUAUUUUCAAAGGUUUAAAGUUACUUUAAGAGGGGAUGACAACCGAAAUAAUGAGUCUCCAGGUCGUUCCGCUUGGUUCUGUCACCGUAGGCCCUAAGUCCUGGCGCGACAGUACGUUUCGCUCUAUCCGGUGGGCAGACCACCUGGUGCGGCAGACCCGAGCUGGACGACCCGCUACCUGCAGCCAGCCGCGGAACUACAGCGCCUCAGCCGGUCACACGGCGAAGUGCAGCGAAAUGCAUUCCAAAGAGAGAAACAAGAUGCCAAGAUCUCUAACUGCCACAUCAGCGCUCCCUAAAAGUUUCCAGAGAAUUCCCAAGGCACCAUUCCCACCCUCCAGCUUGCGUGAGCAGUGUGCGGCAGCUAGCGUGGCGGUGGCAGGCGAGUACAUGCGCAUGGUGCGUGAUGUUGAGGUCCACCUGCGCAGACAGGCAGGCAGGGUGAACCAGGAGGCCAUCAUGCUGGAGAGGGAGAGAGGUCACCUGGAGAAGAUGCUCCACAGCCUCCAGGCCAGUCUAGAGGUCAACAGGAGGAGCUCUGAGGGGAGAACCAGGAGACCUGCCACCUCAGAGACGGAGAAAGACGGUGCUGACUACUUGCUGGCGUUUGAAAGGAGAGAGCUGACCCAGUUGAAACAGGAUCUGGAGGGAGCGCUAAGAGGCGCACAGAGCCAGCUCCAGUCCCUGGUUCAGAGCAGCAGACAGCUUCUGCAAUGUGCAGCAGAGCGGGCUCAAGUCCUGGAGCUCCUGCCUCCCAGUGGUUCUAACAGAGGAUGUGGGUCACCUACGCAGACCUUUGCCAAAGCAGCCCCCCUUAGCCCUGUUACACCAGAGUGCAAGCAAAUUUUAGAGUCGUCCGCCUCUGCGCUCAACCAGUCUCGGCUGCUGCGGGAAAAGGUCAGAGAGAUGCUAACCGGCGCCAUCGCUAGGCAGAGAGAAUGCCACCGCAGCGUCAACGACGGCUUGGUGAAGAAGAUUGCAGAGACAGUCACUCUGGAACAAAAACUGACUCUGACCACGGCCGCAACCAGGCAGGCGGCAUUCCGCAAGCAGAGGGAGGUCAACUGUAUCCGCCAUAGCCACGGCAGAGCGCAGGGUCCAGAGAGCAGCAGUGACUUAUUGUCCAGAGAGAAGCUGAACAGACCUGUGGUGCAGGUGUACCACAGACACCCCGGGACCAAUUUACCUGAGGCUGCUCGUCUCAUACAGGGUAGCGCUGUUCUGCGGCGGUGUCUCGAGUCGUCCGAGGGCGAGCUGCUGCGGCUCCAGCGAGCCUGCCAGCGCCUGACGGAGCAGCUGCAUUGCAAGAGGGCGGCGGCACAGGUGGAUGCCGCCGUGGUCCGCAUGAGACGCCAGCAGGUGGACAAGCGAGCCAUUCCCGUGAUCCUCCAGCAGGGGGCGCAUAGGAGACAACUGUCCUGUGUGCAAUAGAGGCUGCUUCAUGCAUCACGGCUGCCUAAUUUUAUUUAAAAGUAAGGGAUUUGGAUCUAAAGGAGACAAGGACAAACAGAAGACAUUUGUGUUCAGCUCAUAGCCUGUGGAAGACUUGA